AAAAACAAAAACAAACAAACAAACAAACAAACAGUAGCUAUGUUUUGGUAGCUAGUUUUUUUUUUAAACAAUUAAUUCCUCUCCACUGGAUAAAAUACGGCUUUCUUAAUCUUACUUCUAUUUAGGAUUUAAGUAACUGCACUGUAGAUGGGCGGGGCUUCGAGGUAAUUAAUUAGCGGGAAAUUAGUGCGGCGUGGUUAAGAGUUAAAUAGGUUGCGCAAGCACUCAAUCUGCACGUUGGGCAUGCGUUUUGCGUCACUAUGGAGUCGUUUGUUGCGUGUUUGUGUGUCCUUGCGUUAGGGAUGUGCCAGAUGAUUAUCGGACAAGCUUUAAUUUCAGAUUCGGAAAGAAAAGUAAAGGAGGUGUUGGGCUGUAAUGUAACCGGAGAGUGGCACAGCGAGCUCGGAUCCCAGCUGCAGCUCAGCACCGUUGGACCGGAAGUGAGAGGCGUGUACAGGACGGUACUGGAGAGCACGCGCGGCGCGGCGGGUCCGAACCGCGAGGCUAAAGUGGUCGGGGUGAUUAGUGACGGCCCGCAGCCCACCAUCGCGUUCUCUGCGCUGUGGGCGAAAGGAUCCUGCACUACCUGGGUGGGUCAGUGUUUCAUUUUACCAGGGGGUGUUCGGGUCCUGAAAACGCUAUGGAUGCUGCGCUCUGCUGCCGAGAGCUCCACGGACAACUGGGACAGCACCAGGUUGGGCGCGGACCAGUUCACUUUCGCACGAGGUGUGGAAAGUCCAUAA